CGAGAGAGGUGGCUGGAUGGAAGGGCAAAGAGAAGUCUAAAAAAGCUGGUGGGAGAUUUUAGAGUGUUCAAGACAUGCAGAAUAACCAUGCUUCUGGAAGAAUGGAAGAAAAGAGCUCAGUUCCAUCUGAACUUGUUCAGAUUUGCAGUUAGAUGGUUUAUACAAAAGCUGCAUUGAAGAGCUCUGAAGUGGCACUGUAUGAUGAUGCUGAGAAAAAUACAGUGUCGUGUCUGGAUGUGCUCAGCAUUGGUUCCAAAGAAAGACAAACCAUUUCUACAUCAUUUUAUCUAUCACCAUAGACUGCUGUCAGAUCUCAGACCUAAAAACAUCAAAGACUCUUACAGGCUGCUUAACCUUCAGGAAGGCUGUUCACUGGAUGAUGUCAGAAAUUCCUUUCGAGACCUUGCUAAGCAAUAUCACCCAGACAGUGGAUCUGCUAUAGCAGAUUCUGCAACUUUUGUGCAAAUAGAAGAAGCAUAUAGAGUUGUGCUUAACUAUAUGACCAAGAAAAUGAAAUCAAGUGAAAACAAUGAGGAGGAUGAGGAAGAUAAAUUCAAAUCUAAAACACCACAACACAGACAGUAUUUAAGUUUUGAGGGUGUAGGUUUUGGAACUCCAAGUCAGAGAGAGAGACAGUAUAUGCAAUUUAGAGUUGAUCGGGCUUCUGAACAGGUCAUGGAAUACCGAAAGCAGAAAAUGGAGCGUGAACUAAUAAUGAGUGAGGCUAUGUUAGCUAAAGAUGUAAGGCAAAGUAAGAAGGCAAAAAUCACUCAAGCGAUCGAACGGUUGGUUGAAGACCUCAUUCAAGAAUCUAUGGCAAAAGGGGACUUUGAGAACCUUAGUGGUAAAGGAAAGCCAUUGCAAAAAUUUUCAGACUGCCCACAUAUUGAUCCUAUGACUCACAACCUGAACCGUAUUCUGAUAGACAACGGAUACCAACCAGAGUGGAUUCUCAUACAGAAAGAAAUACGGGAAACAAUUGAAAAACUGAGAAAGGAUAUGAUUGCUUCUAGGAAUAAACUGGGUGAGCCAAUGACACCACAAAAAGAGAAACAAUGGAAGGAAUCUUGUGAACAGUUUACUGAAAGAAUCCAGACACUAAACAAAAGAAUUAAUGAUUUCAACUUGGUUGUUCCUAUUCUUAGCAGGCAGAUGGUACAUUUUAAUGCUGGCAAAGAAAUUUCACGUGCACAGGAGAGCUGCAAAAGCCAGAUGAAAAGGAAUUCUGAAAAGGAGACAAAGAAAACAGAAAAUGAAAGUAGCAGAUCAUCUGACAUUAAAGCCAGUUUUUUUAAAUGGAUGAAUCUUAUUUUGAAAUAAGAUUACGCUGAUAGCCAUGUGGUUUAGCUACUAAAUGUACACUAAGAUUCAUAUUACUUCCAGAAGACAAUACAUUUUUCUGUUUACUGUCUUAACAGUGUUGUAGAAGUGUAGGAACAAAUAAACACAUUUAUACCUGCCA